AUGUUGUGGCUUCAUAUCCUACAGUAUAUCGGAUUUUUCGGAGCACAAAUUACGAAUCUAACAUUGUGCUACCUAAUUGUUCAUCGCGCUGAAAAACUUUUUGGACAGUACAAAUAUGUGAUGAUGGUAUUCGCAUUAUUUGAUGUGAUUUACUCGUGGAUCGAAGUUGUUACCCAACCAAUCAUGCAUACAUUUGGUUCGAUGUUUAUUGUUUUUAUGGACAGUCCUUUGAAACAUCACAAAGUUAUUGGAUUUUAUCUAACUUCGCUAUAUUGUGCUGCUUUUGCAUGUUGUAUUUCUCUUUUGGCGGCACAAUUUGUGUAUCGAUACCUUGUUCUAUGCAGGUUACUAUUUUUUGUCAGUAGUUGUCAACAGAAAUCUUAAUUUUAGACCUCAUCACAUUGAAAAACUAAAAGGCAUCAAACUUGUACUUUUAUUUAUCCCAGCUAUUCUGAUGUUGAUUGCUUGGUUUUUAUUUGUUGCUGUUGGAAUGUCAGAUGAUUUCGAAAAGCAAGAAUAUAUAAAGUUAGAACUUUAUAGUGUUUAUUCUGUGAAUCUCACUGGCAUUGCAUUCAUUGGUGCCAAAUAUCGAAAUGAGAAAGUUGAUGGAACUUAUGAAUGGUGUCUUCUAGAUGUCUUUUCCGCUUUUGGUUGUUCCCUAAUAAUUGUGAGAAACCUUUUUUUUCUUUUUGGGUUACCAUAGAAUUUCUUACAGUUUGUAUGCGGUCUCAUAAUUGCGAUCUGUGCUUCAAAAAUCUACUCAAAAAUGAAUGAAUCCAGAGAAAUGUUUAGUGAAAAAACCAAAUCUUUGAAUCAUCAAUUAUUCAUGACACUUGUGUUCCAGGUUUUUUUUUCAAAUAAUUUGUGAACAAUAGCAACACUUUUAGACUCUUAUUCCAUGUUUUAUGAUGUAUGCUCCAGUUGCUUCAUUAAUAAUGUUUCCAAUGUUUUGGAUAAAUUGGGGUAAAAUGGGAAAUUCGGCUGGUGCUUUGGCUUGUCUUUUUCCAUUUAUUGAACCAAUUAUUGCUAUAGUUUUGAUCAAAGAUUUCCGAAAAGCUGUCUCAUGUGAGUAUUCUUUUCAAAUCAUAGAAUUUCUUUUGGGAAUAUAUGAGUUUUACAGGUAGAAAAAAUGUUACAGUCAAUACAUCUACAAAUGAAAAAAGUCGUGUUUAGCUCAAAAAUCACUGGAAUUAAAAAUUUGUUAGUUUGUAAAUUAUUUAUUAGUUGGAAAAUAUUUCCUAAAUUGAACAUUUGAUUUUGAGAUUCAAAUAAUUUAGUCUAUAAUACAUACUUCCUGUUCAAAAUCAUCUUCUUUUCAGUGAAAUCACAAAAUCAUUCCACAUAAAUUUUCUUUUGAAUAAAUAUCUAAUGAGUUUUUGACAAUUCCAUGUUUUUAACACGAUAUUUUUCCUAUAAAGCAAGAUGUUCAAAGAUUCACAAUCAGUCUCGUCACAAAACAUGUUAUAUCUUCGACUUGUUCAAAUUUUCGGUUUCCUUGGUGCACAAUUUUCAAAUAUAAUUUUAUUAUACCUACUUUUAACUCGCGCCAAAAAACUAUUUGGAGCUUAUCGUUAUGUGAUGUUAGUUUUCACAAUUUAUAACUUGAUUUAUUCGUGGAUUGAAAUUGCUACUCAACCAGUAAUGUAUGUUUUUGGAUCAAUGUUCAUAGUUUAUGCAGACAGUCCUUUUAAAUAUUAUAAACCUUAUGGAUUUUGGCUUGUUUGUGUAUACUGUGCUUCUUUUGGAAUGUGUAUUGCCUUAUUAGCAACACAAAUUUCAUUCAGAUAUAUGAUGAUGUGCAGGUAAUAAUCAUUUUUAUAGAGGAAUCUGAUUGUUUUUUUUUUCAGAGAUAAUUUUCUAAAAUAUCUCAACGGUAAAAAACUAGGUUUUCUCUUUAUUCCAUCAUGUUUGAUGUUUAUUUUCUGGUUCUUAUUCGUAUUUUUUGGAAUGUCGGACACUAUCGAAAAACAAGAAUAUAUUCAAGAAGAACUUUUUGAAGUUUACGAGGAAAAUUCUACUCACGUAUCUUUUAUUGCUGCGAAAUAUUUCAAAAAAGACGAAAACGGCGAUCGUAUUUAUAGCUUUAUUGAUUUAAUGGGUUCAUUUGGAUGUUCAAUGAUAAUUGUACGUUGUUGAGGGGGAAAAUAACAAACUAGAGAAAUUAAAGGUAUAAUUAGAGGUAUAGUUAUUUAUCAAAAAUAAUUUCUGGAUGAGAAAAAUUUGUCGAGAGGAUCGUAGACAAUAACUGUAUUUUCAUCAGCUCUGAGUGUUUCCCGCAUAACUCUUCUAGCGUGUCGAGUCAUAAUUUUUUCACCGAAAUAGACGAUAACACAUAGAAAAAUAAUGAGGUAGAAUUCGUAUAGCAUUUCGAAAAAAUACCUAGUGUGUCCUAAUAUAAAAUUCAAAAUAACGGAUUUGUCAUUGUGUUUAUUUUAUCACUAUUUUCGAAUAAAAUUAAUAAAGUAGUUUAAUAAUAUAUUAGUCACGAGAUUUUAUGUGGGCGGAAUGAGAAGAAAUGGAAAAUGCUAAAAAAAUUGUAUCAAGAAAAGACAUCCAAGGUACAAUAUGUGCGUCAUAGCAACAAUGAUCCAAUAUAAUUUCAGUCAUCAUCAUUUGCAACCAUUGUUUAUUGUGCUAAAGGAAUUUAUGCAAAAAUGAACUCAUCAAAAGAAUUGUUUAGUGCAAAAACUGUACAACUCAAUAGACAAUUAUUCAUUACACUUGUUAUUCAAACAAUUCUUCCAUGUGUUUUGAUGUAUGGACCAGUUGGAUCUCUUUUACUUGUUCCAUUAUUUGAAGUUCAGUGGGGUAAACUCGCAAAUAUAACUGGUGCACUUUUAGCGAUAUAUCCCUCUAUUGAACCAUUGAUUGCAAUCUGGGUCAUUAAAGAUUUUCGCAAUGCGGUUUUCCGUAUGUUUUUUCGGCAGAAUAUACCAUUCUCAUUAUUUACCUUUAGGCAGAAAAUGGAAUGUUACCCAAACUGCAACAAGUGAUCGAGAAAGUACAAUGAGAUGA